AUGCGACGGGUGCAAUCACAAGUCAGACCUGCUUUGGCGCAGCUACUCGCCGCCGGACGCGAUCGAGUGCAAGAGUUGGCGGCGGACGAAACUCAUCGCGUGAUUUCCAGCGUCGCGCUGCACAAGACGAUGGGGACCAAGAUGUCGGAGUUGGACUCCAAGUACGACAGAAUGCUUGACGCCGCGGACUCAACCAACCCUCGCGCCGACCCCAACUACUACCUCAGCAAGGCAACACCGCUGAGCGAGGGCACGCCUGACUAG